AUGCGGAAUGAUGCCCAGCAGACGCAGGCUUCUUCUGAAGCCAACACCCGCGCCGCGACUGUAGGCAAAGGGGAUUCCAAGUCUGUAGACGUACCGUCCCUGAUGAGCACCGGCCUCUUUCAAGGUCGUGUCGAGUCGGUGUACGACCGCAUGCAAGCACGGGAGCAACAAGAGAGACGCGAGCAGCUUAGCAGCGCCGCCACAUGCUCGCCGUCAGCGAUCAGCGCGCAAGAUGAUCAGCGGAGCACCAUGGCGCAGCGCCGCCGCGAUCCGAUGGUUUCGCUCGCCCUUCUUGAACGCAUGCGACUUGUGUUUGACCUUUGCGAGUGUCGGCAGCAGCGGAAACAGCUCUCGGUGUCGUGUUUCGAUAACCCUGCCAACGGCCUCCGCGGGACGGAAGAUGAGCUGGCAGAUGUGCUUCGCUGGAAACAACAGCAGGAGCACAUGCAGCAGCGUCUCGGUGCAGAGAAUGGACGUCCCCGCAGUGCCGGUACUGUCUCUACGUCUGCGAGCGACUCGCCGUUCCCGGGUAUUCCGUUUUCGGUGUUUGAGCGCGAGAUUCUGGAGCCGUUCUUCGACGCGUUCUUCCCGCCAGAGAAGACACGGCGACCACCCACAGCAUCUUUCCUCGAUGGCCUUGACGACGGCACUGGCAGUCUCGUCCUGAACAUGACGACUUCAAAGUCAACGCUUCUCAGGGCACCGUCCCGGUCGCAGUUGUUGACGCGGUCGGCGCCGCGCUCAUCGUAUGAGCGGCGGCGCGCCAGCCACGUGGAGGCGGCGGAGAAUCUCUUCUGCGUGAUGGACACCAACGGCGACGGUUUUCUUUCAUGGGACGAGCUUAGCAGUUACAUCCUGCAGAGCGGUCAACGGCUGCUGCUGGCGGAUGAGUACCGCGGCGCUGGCAAAACAGUUGCUCCCACAGGGACAAGAGGUAAGAGUAUUAGUGAUGGCACGAAAGACUAUGCAGGUCGUGCGUUGAAUUACGCGCCAACGCCAACAAACAGUGGUCCCUGGCAACAGCAAUACCCGCUGGUACGCUACCUGUAUCACACAGAGCCCAUCAGCCGGCUGAUCUUUGUCAACCGGGGUAGGCGCUACAUCACAGCGGCUUGGGACGGGCUCGUGAAGAUGUGGCGGCCUGAACCACGCCUCGCCGACGCGCGUGGGAAACCCGCAAUUGUGCAUGAACGCAAUCUAUUCGCCGCAGGUGCACCGAUCAUGGAUAUGGUGCUCGCAUCGGCGGAACUUGGUGACGCCGAAGUCCUGACGCUGGUGGCGAUGGACGGCACUGUGACACUGCUGCGCGUUGGGACGGGCGAGGUGCUCAAAACGUUCAUUGGUCGCGCUGUGGAGCCGGUUGGUGUGGCCAUGUCUAGCCCCUGUAUUGCGUCAUCUGCAACGCAUCAGCGCAAGUGGCGGCCGGAGAAUCUCGUGGACAAUGUGGCCGUAGGGGGCGACAUUCGCGAUAGCAUGGACAGCGCCACGGUGGUGCUGCGGCCUGAGUUCAAGGUGCGGGCGUACCGCCGCGAGGCGAUUGAGAUGUUCUUCACCGAUGUGUCACGCUACUUCAAUGGGCUAGAUGUGGUGGCACCAACGUAUGAGCACCUGGAGCGGCGCCAAUCGGUCAAGGCAGAUGUUUUGGCGCACUUCGGCGGUGAGGUCGGUCAUCUGGGCGAGUGGUCAUGUAGUAAAUUGCCGGUGCAAAACGGUAAGCGGCAACAUAUUGGAUCCACCACCGUUGUCAAUCAACAGGGGAAUGUCGGUGGUGUUUGGAACGAUCACCGCGACUCCAAUGGUCGUGAUGUAGCUGCUGUUCACAAUAGCGAUAGUGAUGACGAUGGAUGUUACGACGAUGAUGAAAACGACGGUAGGUAUGGUGAUGCUGGUGGAACUGGCAGACACCAGCGGCGAGAAGGGAGUGCCUUGCCUAUGUUGAGGCACCGACGACGGGGCCUCCCCCGCGAGGGUGACAAGUCCUGGUUUGCCUGCUCUGUUGCGCUGGCGAAGUACGAGGCGACGAACUCUUCCUCUGUCCUUCCCAGUGGUGUCUUUUUGCUACUGGGCUUUGAGACAGGCGUCUUGCAGAUGUACAGCAUGCGCCCGCAGUGGUUUACAAUCUCGAACCUCUCCUUGACUCGGGUAGAACCAUCAACUGUGCAUGAACCAGUGCUGACGCUGAGUUUGCACCGUGCUGCUAUCACGAGCAUCAUAACACACGAACCAAACGACCUUCUCAUGACGGCUAGCGACGACGGCAGAGUGAUUGUGCGACACAUGAGUCGAGUGCAGAUGCCAUUUGUGACGCUUGGCGAUGGUGUGCCGAUACACGGUGUGCCGCCGCCGCUGCAUUCCAAUGGUCACACCAAGCGCAUCACCUGUAUGUGCUGGAAUGCCGCUCGCAAUCUCGUUGUGACGGGUGGCGCCGACCGCUACGUCACAUUUUGGGCACCAUCCUCAUCGCGGCAGCUCUACCGCGUUGAUCUUCGCAGCUUUUCUACUAGCUCCGGCACCACAGGAUAUGCCAUUGAUGUUUCUUUCCUACAGCCGCCGCGACAGCCGCUGCUGGUGCUGGUGCUAGACUCGAAACGCAUGCUGUACUUCUUCGACACGGUGUCGUACCAAUGUCUGCACAUCUUGCGCGAUGAAACCCCCGCAUCGUUGCGGGCAGGCGAAAUGCUGCGGGCACGCUACGACGCGGUUGACGAUCGAUUGAUCCUCGGGGGACGGUACCUGCGAGUGUGGGAAAGCCAGCAGCGCGAUGAGUAUCCGCAUGACUACCGUGGCCACCGACGUGCCAUUGUCGGGCUUGCGUUCCAGCGCAACUGGUCGUUUUGGGUGAGCGCCGACGACUCGGUCAUUAUUAUAUGGAAUGCCGACGUGGCGGACUUGCAGGCGCAGCAGAGCGAGGUGAGCGAGCCGAAGACGGAAGAGAGCGUCAGCACUGACCAUCCCAAACAGCGGCGUACUACCGCAAAGUUGGUGAAUGACGGCUGCCGCUGGGCACUUGCAACAGGAGUGGCGCGGUCCUGGUGCGUGGAGGGGGGCAUCUGCCACUUAGCCGUGGAGCAGACGGAGUCGGCGCACAUUUUUGUCGCCCUUCUCCGCAAGCGGUGUAUCGUGGAGUACAACAGCUUCAGUGGAUCUGUGCUGCGCACUUUUGAUUUCCCCGCCAACAUGGGCGAAAUUGCGUCGCUCGCGUGCGGCGUGGCGGCUAGUGGGGCAUCGUUUAUGCAUCCUACCGCGUUUCUCUGCGGCACCUUUGAGCGCGAGCAGUCGGCGAACGGCACCACCGCACUGUACGCCUUGUCCUCGCAGGGCAGCACGGUGGCGGACGUCGGCUCGACCGGUGGCGUGCACCGCAGCAUUCUGACAAACGAAGUUGGCGUGUCAUGCGCGGUGAUUGUGGCGUCGCUGGGUCUCGUUGUUGUCGGUCACCGUGGCGGCAUUAGCGUGACGCCGGUGGAUGAAGCCACGACGUGCCCCAUCCCAUGUCUGCGCCUCACCGACCGCCCCACGAAGAAGAACGACACUAAAAAGAGUGGCGCUUCAGAGGUGCGUCGAUCGCUCGUCGCGCCGAACAGCACAGGCGGUUCUGGCAUCAUCCAAGUUAAACGGCGCUCCCUCGCACUUCCUCCCAUCCAGCCACAGUUGAACAGUCACUGCCGCGCGUUACCGCACCUUGAUCUUGUCGCGCUGUUCCCAGGUGCACUCCUGCACGACCCGGUGGCAAUAACGCGGGAGUGCAUGCAGCAGCGGGAGCGGUAUCUUUUUUGUGACGAGGUGGCACCUACAACAUCAUCGGCUCAUUCUUCGUCCUCGCUUUCAGACGCAAAUGAGGGCAGUGCUGGUUGUAGCGGCGACAGUGGUAGGAAUGGCUGUGAUAUCAGCGGAAGCGAGGAGUUGCCGCCAUUGUUGCUCUUCUCGGAGGAGUUCAUCGCCUCCGCUGGGGUAUUGGGUAGCAGUUUUGGUAUGUUUCUGCGGGAACAACUCGCAACGCUUGGCUUCGUUGGACAAAUUGUGUCUAUUGGUGAAACGGGCUACGUUACGAGUGGGAGUGAUGAUGGCCUUGUGCAGUUUUGGAAUCUGCGAACUAUGUCCGAGGUGAUGCGCUUCCGUGUAACGCAUGCUCUCGACGCGGUGACGGCAAUGGAUAUGAGUGACAACGCGUCCCAUCUCGCAGUGGGAGACGCAAAUGGGCACGUUGUGCUGCUCGACCUGAGCGGCGUCAACUGGCUGUCGGCGAUGCCACUUGAGAUGGUCACCGGUGUUGAAGAUGGCGUCCACAUGCUGCAGCGCUGGCGGGGGCAUCGUCAGAGUGUUACGUCUGUGCGGUUUGUGCGGCAGACCCGCGGCUUCACGCGUCACGGAACCCUUGGUGCCUUUACCCUACACCGCUCUUCACAUGUGUCGAUGCCCAUUGCUGCGUCGUCUGAAGCUCGCGGCGAAGGCAGCGGAGUGAGCAGUAGCAGCAGCGCCGGUAACGCACCCAUUUUUGUUUGCACAAGCAGCGAAGACAGUUACAUCUACGCGUGGUGCUGGGAGCCGGGCCCAUGUCUGGGCGGAUCCGUGCACUGCAUCGGCUGCUUCGGUGGUGGCGUGGAGGUGCCGCCCUCGCCGCCGCUGGGGAAACUGACGGACAGCGCAUGGCAGGUUUUUGAAGUCGUCCGCAAGGUGUACUUGAAGGUGCGCCUCUUGAAGCCGGGCGGCGUGCUUAACGUGCCGAACAUGCGAGCGGCGAUUCACCGCGCGGUGGUAGAAAUUAUGGAGGAUAUUCGUACAGUCAAGGCGCGUGCGCCGCUGCUGCAGCGCACAGAUGAGGCAGCCGUAGAAAGUGCUGCUGAAAUGGAGACUACAACGCGGAGAAGAUCAAUUACUAUGGACGAAACAGCUAGCAGUGAGCGGCGAGUUACGCUGGGACGUGAACGCAGGCGCAGCCGCACCCGCAGCCGAAGCCGAAGUGGUAGUCGCGGUCGGGCACUUAGUUUAACACAGCACGCCGUCGGCACGUGUCCCACAGUCUACGCGUUGGCCUUUGAAGAGGGGCAGUACCACGAUCGUGGUCUCGUGGAGCUAAUUGAGCGGCUCGUCACGGAACUGCGGGGCAGCGACAAAAAGCAAAAAACUGCGACGGCAGUGGGCGCGGGUGUGCAAAAGCCUGAAUUGCAACCCCUCACGAGCACGUCGACGAGUAAAGAAGAUACCGAUGCAGCAUCUCCUAGAGGUGAGGUGCGGCGUGCCACGCUUCUGCCGAGUACGGGGGGCUCCACGGCAUGUUCCACGACCAGCGCCUCCCGUGUUUUUGAGUCCACCAGCUCUGGGCCGUUGCUGCAGCAGAACCAAUCUCUUCCUGCUGCUUCUGGCGUAAAUCCCCUCUCACGCAUGUCGUCGCUCUCGUCGUGCGCCUCUCGAUAUGCAGCGCUAACACAACAGCAGCAGCAGCAAGGGCAAGGGCAGGAGCAGGGAGAGAGACUGGAGGAUGAAGUGAGCACCGCAGCAGCCGGCAGUAUAUGCUUGCCGCGGAAAGCUUCGGACGCCUUCUCCCUAACCCUCUCGGGCGGCUCAGAGCCUCCACCGUCGACAAUAGCACCAGCUAUGGUGCGACGCAACCGUGCGGUGGAGGUGUACUCCCCAUCCUCGCCGCUGGCGCAGAUGCAGUCGCCGAUUCCCCCACAGGAUGAAUACUGGGGUCAGCUGCCGCCCAUCACUGUGAGCUACGAAACCGCCACGCCGCUCCCACGCCUGCGUUGCGCCAAUGCGGGUGAUGGUGCUUCUACUGCUAGCGACAUGACCGUGCCGCACUGCUCGCUCGCAGAGGGGCUGCCGCCCCUCUCGCAGAUCAUCGGUCACCCCAUGGACGACAAGGACGGCGCGCCGCGCCGUGGAGUGAAGGUGCUGCUGAAAGAGAAGGCGACACGCCACGCGUGCCACUCCUUCUUCUUUGAGCAUUUGAAGGAGUCGACAGCGGAAUCGCCGACUGUUAGCGCGCGCAGCGGUGAUCCCGACCAACUCAGCAAUGCACGGCGGGAACGCAGGCGCAAGUCGGCGUUGUGGGGGCCGGCGCGUGUGAUGGCGACAUUGAUGAGUUGGCGGGCGCCGCGCAUGUCACCGACCACUUCGUGCGGCAGCGACACCGACAGGAGCAUUCUAUCCGCCGGCGUAACAGAGGCGUCGAGUGUGGCGUUGCCGAUGUUCCUUCCGCUCAGUUUGGGAACUGGCCACGAUGUCGCGGCGCCCACGAGCCUGGAGCUGGAGAGACGCAAGAGUCUGGUGCUGACGCUUCAGGAGGAGAUGGAGGCGAUGAAGACCAUUCUGCACAGCACGCUGCACCAGAAGCAGCUUCUGAUGGCGGAGGAGCGCGCGACACUUGGUGGUGGUGUGGCUGCUGCGUCUGGUGGAAGGGGUGGAGGCGGCAGGUGA